GGACUACGUAAUUUUCUUUUACCAGUCACGCCUCCCGGAAAAACUCGAUAUUAGCGAAUUUUACGAUACUGCGGAGACUCUUUGUGAUCUUGGCUCUCGAAUCGAUCUCACUAAUUUGCAUCUCUAUGAUGACAAUGGAUUUGGGUCGGCGCAACGCAAAAUUGAGCACUUCAUUUAUAAAACCAAACAAGCAGACGGUAUGUGUACACCAAUACCGUUAACUGGAACAAUAAUCAAUUUGGUUUCAAAGCUCUUGACGUACCGGAAGUUUUCAAAGCUAUACUGACAAGAUCAAAGUGUGAAUUGGAGAAGAUUCUGUCUUGUGACGCUGCUGCGGUAAAUUUUACCCUUGAGGAUGGGACAACGCCUUUGCAUGCUUCUGAUUCUUGGCCGCUAGGUAUUGAAUUGUUACUAAAGGCCGAAGCGGAUGUUAACAAACUGGACCGCCACAUGAGGCCGCCAAUAUCCUAUGCAGUUAGGGCAAAAUGCAUGCCUUCAAUUCGAAUGCUUCUCGCUAAUGAUAGUAUGUUAGGCGAAUGCGAGUCUCCUGUUUUCACGAUGAGAAUUGAGCCUUAUGAGGACAUGGAUAUCCUCAAAAUCGUAUCAGCGGGUGUUGUGAACAGAAGACAACGUCUGUAUGAACUUGCAAUGUCCGCAUGUCAAGAAAUGCAGAUAGACAUACCUUCCUACCUCGAAAAUAGUAAAAUUCUUGAUGCCUUUGCCUGGAAGGUAACAAGGCUUCUCCUCGAUCAUGGGGUCUCCGUCCAGCCCGCACUCUUGCCCUGCCUGGUGAUGGCAAGUUGGAGUAUUUACCACGCAGAAUACUUGUCUCGAGAAGCCGCAGAGUAUCUAUACCAAGCUGGUUUUAAGAAUAUCAAUGAGUAUGACGACUAUGCAUAUACCCCAUGUAUGAGGUGUAUUUAAUGGAUAGGCGCCUAAUAUACCACAAAUUAUGUUCGAAUUAUAUUCACACUCGAUCAUGUGGCUCUGAUUUUGUGGUACAUUUCUAAAGGGGUUGAUUUCGCCAAAGUUUAUGGUCAAUACAGCCACACAUUGCUUCAUCAUAUUGGGACAAGACUUAGACUCUAUGUAGAAGCAGUUUGUAAGCACUUUUCUAUCAUCAAAAAGCCCCACAUUCUCGCACUAAGAAGGUUUGUGGUUGAGGAAGUUCAUGAUAAUUGCACAUGCACUUGCUCAACUGGCGGUUGCCUUCUAGUCACCAGAAUGAUGAAUCUGCAACGAAAAGUGGAGUUCCGGCUAGAUAAAGAGGGAAAUAGGCGAAUUAAUUUUGACUACGGAUGGGAAACUGCAUGUGAGAUGAGUGUCUUUUUGGACAAUGAGGCCACGGAUCAUUCGUGGAUAGCUGAAAGUUUCUUACGAGCCUUGAAAGUUUAUAUGCUUGAACUCACCCACACAUGCUUCUGCGAGAAACAUCAAUCUACCCAUUCGACUGCGGAUGAAAUAGCAGAAAUUCAAGAAGAAGAAGCCAGCUUAAUCGAACAACUCGAGAACUGGUGCAGAGUCCCAAGAAAUGUUCCGAGCCUUCGAAGGUUCCCUGAGUAUUUUCCUCAAAACCAAGUGGAAACCAAGAAUGGACAAGUAUCUCGCGCAGAACGACAAAAAAAUGGAUGAGGAAAGUUUGCAGAAAAUAAGGAGAUUGGAGUGAUCACGGAGUGAUUUAAGAGCUUUAUUUAAAUGGACGAGGUAGGCAUUACUAUUCCCAAACAUGGUACUGGCGGCUAAUAAUUCAGUUGGAAUGUUUCGGGUUCUUUGCGUAUUUUAAUGGGGUUGUUUAAGGAACGAGAUAGCAAGUGAGCAUGUGUGUAUUUCAAUGAUGGAUGGUUUCAUUUUUUUAAGGUCUACGAAUUAAUACAAA